CAGUGAACCACAGGAGCCCUCAGGGACUCUGGGACCAGUCUGAGCACCCAGGGAUAAAGCAGCCAAGAAUAGCAACAGGAUCAGAACAACUGAAUGCUGUGGAGUCUUCAGCAUACAGCAGAACCAGGGCAAAGCAAAAAAUAAUAGAACAAAAAACAAACCUGAACAAGAAAGGCGGGAUCUCCCCACACCUCGGGGAAACAGAUGACAUGUAUGCACGCUGGCUACGGAGUUGAUUUAUUCCCCAAACUUUGGCAGCAGGUAGCCCCCUUGUUUGAACUCAGGAUGUCUCUGAUGAUGGCACUUGUCUUGGCCGUGGUCUUCAUGGGCCCCUCCCCUAACAUGGCAGCCCCUACAGGUGUGACAGAUGAGGAAGCUUUUGACCUUGAAAACUACAGCCUGAACAGUGAGAUGGACUGGGAGAACCUAGACGUCAACAUCUACGGAGACAGUUAUGAUUAUGAUGACUUGGACCAAGAGAUUGAGGUGGGCACCGUAGCUCCAGACCCCCCCUCUGCAGCAAGCCUGCCCACAGCUGAGUACCAUGAGGAGGAGCUGACCCUGCCCCCAGCUCCCUUCACUCUGGACUUCAAGGGACCGGGUCUCUUUGGCCCUGAUACUGGCCUUGGUAUGCCCACCUGCUUGCUGUGUGUGUGUAUUGGUGGGAGUGUGUACUGUGAUGACACAGGCCUGGAUCAGAUCCCACUCCUUCCUAAAGACACCACCCAUUUUUAUGGCCGCUUCAACAACAUUCGACAUGUCAAGAACACAGACUUUAACUACCUCAAUCAACUCCAGUCCAUUGAUCUGACAGGGAACCAAAUUUCAGGGAUGGAUGAGGAUGUGUUUCUGUCUCUGCCGCAGCUUCACCAGUUGCUGCUGGCUGAUAACAACCUGCAGAGCAUGCCUGAGCUGCCAAUCACCAUGAAAUACAUCGAUCUACGCAACAACAGGCUGAUCAGUAAUGGGGUACAUUCUGAGGGAUUCAAGGACAUGAGCCAGCUGGAGUUCCUCUAUCUGUCUGACAAUAAACUGGAUUACAUUCCUGUACCACUACCACUGGGUCUGAGAGUUUUACACCUGCAGAAUAACAACAUCCAGACUCUGUACGAGGACUCCUUCUGUAACAGCCAUGAUCGCCACUUCAUCCGCCGUAACCUGGAGGAUAUCCGCCUGGACGGCAACCCCCUAAACAUCCAGCUAUUUCCCCAGGCCUACGUCUGCCUGCCCCGCCUGCCUGUAGGGAGCCACUGAGGUUAUAGAUACUGUCAUGGGGUUGGAAAAUGUCCGGUUAAUCAGAAAUACUUGUAUUUGUUAUGUCAGUGGUAAGUGAAUGUUCUAGGAUAUAUUUUAUUCUGUGUACCAACUUUUCAACACACACUAACAAACGCCUGUAUUUUCAAAGAUAGACGCAAGUGUUCCAGCAAUACAAGACCCAUGUUAAUGGGACUCUGUCACGCUGUUGAAAUACUGUGAUAGUGAGAAACGACAUAAAUAAUUACAAAUAUUAAAAAAAAAA